AUGAAACUUUAUUUGGCAGCGAAACGGGAACACGAUGAUCUUCAACGUCGUUUCAACAUCCUCGCGGAGGAGAAGAAACACCUGGAGGCUGAGCUGUCGGAGAGGGAGCGCGAGCUCGCCAAGCUACGAAGCGUCUCAGAGAGGCUGUUCCAGGAAUACCAGCAGCUUAAGCACCAGCAUGAGAUCGACGCGGGGGUCAUGCAGAAGGUUAUGCAGCAAGCUGGAGAAUGGUACAAGCAGAACAAGCAGUUGAAGAGGAGGAGCGUAGCAUUGCUCCACGCGCUACCAACUGCACCAGUCGACAUUGAUCUCACUGAUACUACAGAUGCAGCUUCGGACAGCAGCAGCAACGAGGAGGUGGAGUUCCUGAAGCGCACAGUGUCGGAGUUGAGUGAGCAGGUGGCUGCACUGCAGACUGAGCUGAGUGCUGCGCGCCUGCACGAGUUCGAGGCACACGAGCACAGCGUAGCGCUCGCACAGGAGCUAGAAACAGAGAAAGAGAAAUGCAUUACACAAGAGAAGGAACUGCAGGAGCUGCGCAACCAGCUGGAGAGACACAACAGAGUCUCAAAGUUACUGAUCGAAGAAGUCACGGCGCUCAAGGAGAAUGCAGACAAGGACAGACAGAUGGCCGAAACAUACAAGAGCGAGGCUCGCGACGCAAAAAAGCGUGUAAAGGUGCUAACGCACCAGAGUGCGCUGCUGAUGGGCGAGCUGGAAAUGGACGAGCGGCUGGGUGAGCUGCUGGGUGAGGUGGACUCGCUGCGCACCGCGCUGCACCUGCAAGCCACGCGGCACCAGGACCAGUUGGACGAGCUGCAGUUAAAACUCGCAGAGAAACACGAGGAAACGGACAUCCUGCUUUGGGAAGAGAAAAUAAGACUGGCAGAAGAAGACGCUCAAAAGGCUCUUGAACGAGCAGAGAAAGCCGAAAAGAGACUAGCAGAAAUAGAAAAAAAUCGACCGCAAGCGAAAAAAUCUGCUCUUAUGUCAAAAAUAAGUUACUUUGAAAAUUGCGGAAACGAAACAGUGAAGAACGUGGUGGAGAAAGUGGAAGAAAAGGAAGAGGUGAUAGAAAUGAAAAAAGAAAUAGAAGAAGUGAAUGUUCCAGCAGACGCAGAAUCGAGCCCCAGUCCGCCCCCCGCACAGACAGGCCCCGCUCCCCACUCCGCCCUCGCUCCCCCGCCGCCACCACCAUGCCUGCCGCCUCCGCCUCCUCCGCCGCCCCCUCCACCGCUACCAGCGAACGUCCCCGCGGGGAACACUGACGACAUGGCCAAGAUGCUCGCUUCUAAGCAAGGAACGCUCAAGAGGACCAAACAAAAUGGCGGUGGUGCAAUAGACGCGAUAGUAGACCAAAUCAAAUGCGGCAAGUUCCAACUGAAGUCCACGGAUCAGAACUUCCUCGAGAAGAAGCCCAAAGACGACCAGCCCGAGGCUGUUAAAGAGAUGCUGGCAAUAUUGGGGACGCUGAGGAAAAGAAGAGGGGGAAACCGACCUAACUUCGUUAGCAGUGAAGAGGAGGCCUGA